ACCUCGGAGUCCCGGCCCCCGACCCACCUGCUUUCGGGACCCAACGUCCAGCCGCGUUCCGUGCUCCGAGCCUCGAGGUCCUAUGCGCUGCUCCGCGCGGGGUGCCCCGACGGACGGACAGACAGACGGAGAGAUGGCUCGGGCUCCAAGCAGGGGCACUAUGAACGAAGAGGAGCAGUUUGUAAACAUUGAUUUGAAUGAUGACAACAUUUGCAGUGUUUGCAAACUGGGAACUGACAAAGAAACACUCUCCUUCUGCCACGUUUGUUUUGAGCUAAAUAUUGACGAUUUUCACUUUAGAUGAGCAAAGACAUUGGAAACCUAAACCAAGUUUGUAUUUUACCUGCCCCAAGACUCAUACCCCAAGAAACUGAGGACCAGAUCAUUGUUCAAGGAGUACCAAAAUCCAAUCUUUUACAUACCAGAUCACUACGGGGCCAUAAAGACUGCUUUGAAAAAUAUCAUUUGAUUGCAAAUCAGGACUGCCCUCAAUCGAAGCUUUCCAAAAGUACCUAUGAAGAAGUUAAAACUAUCUUGAGUAAGAAGAUAAACUGGAUUGUACAGUAUGCACAAAAUAAGGAUCUGGAUGCUGAUUCUGAAUGUCCCAAAAGUGCCCAGCAUCACCUAUUUAAUUUCCGACAUAAGCCAGAUAAAAUGUUACUCCCACAGUGUGACUCCCAAGUACCAAAGUAUUCUGCAAAAUGGGUAGAUGCAAAUACAGGUGGCCUCCCAAACUGUACACAAAGAAUUUUGGAACAGAGGGAAGCUACAGACUUUGGACUUUCUGUGUUACAAAAUUCAGGUGCCACUUUAUGUCAUAAUAGUGUAUUGUGGCCUCAUGGUCACAGCCAAGCACAGAAAAAAGAAGCUGUUGUCUCAAGCCCAGAGACUAAUGUCCAGACCCAGUAUCAACAUUACAGCAGAGAGGAGUUGACUUCGAUGACUCUCGGUGAGGUAAAGCAACUGAAUACAAAGCUCCAACAGCAAAUACAGGAAGUUUUUGAAGAGUUAUCACAUCAAGUGCAAGAAAAAGAUUCUUUGGCCUCAGAGCUCCAUGUUCGCCAUGUUGCCAUCGAACAGCUUCUCAAGAACCAUUCCAAGUUACCAUGUUUGCAAGUGGGGCGAGCAGGAAUGAAGUCACAUCUAUCCAUAAACCACUGAACUAAAUUUAGACUUGCUUCCUCUGCCCUACCGUGUUUUGGCAUAUUAGACAUGCAAGCUUUGAAGAAGCUAAAGAAAAUGAUGGUCCAUUUUUAUAUGAUCAUUAAAUUUGCAAAUCUUAAAAGGAUGUUGUACAUCUUUGUCAAAUAAAGCAGAUCAUUAUACUCUAGUCUUCUAGGGUUAAUCAUUUUGAUUCAUUUGGGGAAUUUUUUCCCCAUAAUUACUAAAUGGCCCUCCCUAACUUUUACAUGUGACUGCUUAAAUAUACUGUUACAGUGUAAAGUUAUUAAACAUUUUCAUGUAAUUCACCAGCCUAAAAUAAUAGAAGGUUAACAAGCUCCUUAGAUUAAUCUGAACUACUAAAGAUAUCUUUUAAGAAGGAAGUUGAAUUUAUAACAUCACCUCUUAUUUAUUGUGAGCAAUAUUUUAAUAUGAAAUUUUAUAUAUAAAUGCUAUUUUGGCUACCUUUCCAUCCUCUUUAUAAAUAUGUAUUUGAAUGACUGUAUACAUUAACACCUCAUGUGUGAAAAUGGCCACCCAUAUUUUAGAUUGCUGCAUUUUAUUCUUUUAGUACAGUUUUUAUAAAUAUUAUCUUGUUUUCCAAAGAUGAAUGUAUUUUGGAAUAGAAAUCUUGUUGAAUUGUUUUAACCUCAACUCCAAGAUGAAUUGAUAACUUUUUAAAGGAAGUAUUCCAGAAAAUAACAUUAUUUUUUUUCUAAUAAAUGCAGCAGUUCUUGGUUUGGGAAGAAAAUCUUAAUCUAGUUUUUUGUACUCUACUUCAUUCAUUGUUACUUUUAUCUUAAAGAGUCAAAUGUGUUAGAAUUUGAAUGGAGUAAGCCAAACAUCACUUGUAAGUUAAAUGUAGUAUCUGUCUUCAAAAGGAGUAUGCUAUAAAAUUGUUGUCCUGUCUUUGAAAUAUAAAUUCAUGCUAUGUGCUACUUUGGAUCAAAAAUCAAGACUCCUUAAGCUGUCCAAGUUUUGUUAUCAAUAACAUGGACAUUAGGGCCCAAAGAAAGCUUGAUAAAGUAUUGUUCUCAUCUUCAGAAUCUGGGGAGAAUAAAAGAUUGCUUGGCACAAGAUAGUUCAAAAUCAUCGGCCAGCUUUUAAAAAGAUAUUCUUAAAAGUUGUAUGUGUUGUUUCCAAAGAGUUCUUAAUAGAUUGUCUCACAACCAGAUAUACUUUUUUAAAUAAUGUAUUAUAGUAAAAGCUAUAACCAAUGCAGAAUUUAAGUUGGCUCUAAAUUCUGUUUUCAGCUGGUGCUUAGACUAUAUUUAUGAGAUAGCUCUUUUUGCUGGAAAGAAUCUGUAGGGAAGGUCAUUAACUUAGCAUCUUCAUGCAUAAAGAUAUGAAUGACUUCUGCCUUAAAUUUGGGAGCUUGCCCUGGCUUGGGUCAAAUUUUAGUCUUUAACAGAAUAAAAAGACAACAACAACAAAAAAAAACAUGAUAUUUGACUAAGCAAAGAAAUGUCUCAAUCUAGUAGAAAAUAACUUUUGUAAAGCCCAUGUUAAAAUUUCCUGAGAGUAUUAAUUGGUAUCUCAUUCAUUUUGCUUUGUUUGCUUUAAAGUAUGAUAGGACAGCUUUCUUGGAGAAAGCCUUUAAAGCUUCCUCAUUUUCUCUCAAUUCUUGAGUCAUCCACAGUGAGUUCAAAGUCUAGGAGAUGGGGAUGCAUUACCUUCAUUUUGAUAAGCUUUAAGUUGAAUGUGUGGAAUAUCAAAAUCUCUUUAAAUUUACAAGUUAAAGACAUUUCCCACUGAUAGCACUUAAUAUCCAUUUGUUACUGGGCACAUUUUCAAAUUUGACUUUUUAAAAAUUUUUUAUGCCUCUAUUUGAUCACUUUAGGGAUAGACAAAGUUUUGAGAUAGGUUGCAUUUAAUAAAUCAGUGACAGCAUAUUUCUAGUGUAUGAGCCAUAUGAUGCAGUCCUGCUUGCAAUACUGUUAUUGACAGGUGAUUUACUUUACUUCUUAAAGGAUUUCUGGCAAAGAUUUAACUAUAUAAAUUUAUUUGAGACAAUUGAAUUAGAUUGUGCAUGUCUUAUUCAGGGACUCCGAUUUAUUUCAUUUGUAUAUUCCUACUUAAGCUCUUUGGAAGAAAAGGUGCUCUUAAAAAGUCUCUAUGGUGCUGGUACCCACACUAGUACUAUAUUCCAGUGAAUAUUCUGAUGGAAAAAAAAAAAAGAUUGAAGUAUUUUGAACAAAAGCUUAUCCAAGUAUUUAGUGAAUUUAUUACAUAUUUCUAUGUUUUUAUUAAAUAUGCAACUAUUAUACAUGCUAAAUAAGAACAAAGGACAAUAGUGGAGCUCUAACUUGGCAAAACAUGAAAUAACACAAGUAUUCAUUACACUUGGUUGUUCAGAUAUUAAUAUUUAUGGGGACUUUUAGAAAAAAAUGGCAUACCUAAUUUCAGUUUCAAAAAUGGCCAGAGAGAUUGCCAACUGGCCACUAAGAUUUUCAGAGCUUAUAGGACUAAGAAGAGUGAAGUAAAACUUUCAUAAUUAGGUUAAAUUCAGUUUAGAAAUCAAAAGUAAGUUUACCCAAACAAAAUGUAAGUUUUAAAAUCUGAUCAGCCUGUUAAUUAAAGUAAAAAUAAAUUUGACUGUGAGGUUAUCUUCCUUUGAUCCUAUUAGCCAAAUCUGUCUUUAUAAGUACCUAAGACACCAGUGAUAGAGAUGCAGGGAACAAAAUAUUUUGUUCCAUUGUGUAGUUUAUUGAUUGAUUGAUAUUUAGAUAGACAGAAGGUGGCUAAAGAGAGGGAGGGAGAGAGAGAAACCAGAGCACCAAAGCUUCCUUCGAUGUAGUAGAGGCUGUGCUUGAACCUGAGUCAAGCACAUGACAAACUCAGCACACCAGCCAAGUGAGCUGUUUUGCCAGCCCUACAUAGUUCCUUAAUGCACUCUAUUGGAGCAAAGAGAUGUUCAGUGCUUCAAAUUAUUUGUUCAUUUCACCACAAAGUGCCCUAUAUAUAUAUAUAUAUAUAUUUGAGGAGUAUUUUUUAAAUGAGUUCAUAUUUGAAAGUGACUUUAGAAACAUAGUUAAAAGAUUCUUGUUAAUGUUGAAAUUUCUUGGAUUAUUUGUUUUUUUCAUUUUACCAUAUUCUUCAUCACUGGAAAUGGCUUCAAGUACUUUCUUUUUUACUUGUAUGUUUUUCUCUCUAAUGUGUGUAUGCACUAUUGAGCAUUGUCAGUUUUUACUAGGGUUUGGUUUUUUUGUUUUUAACCUUUUAAUUUUGGAUGUAUCACUUUGGGCUUUCCUUUGUUUAGAAUGAAAUCUGUGUUGUGUCAUAAAUGUAAUAACAAGGUAUAUAUGUUUUCAACUUAAAUAGAACUUCUAAAGAAUAAAUUAUUUAUUUAGUAAAUAAAUAAUUUAGUACUCAUUUGGGUUAGUAACCAUAACAUGACAUGAAAAUUUUUAAAUGGUAGAGUGUAAAAAUUUUAGUUUUAUUUUUUUCUGGUUUAUGCCAGUUAGUGUACUUAACAUGUUUUUACUGCUAUGCUGAAGUAUGAUGCUUGAGUAUUUAAGUUUUUACUGAGAAGUUUAGUACUCUGCACAGUGUUUUAAUCUUUUUAAAUUCGACCAUAAACAAAUACAGCUAAUUUUGUUUUGGUGUUUAAUUGCAGUGCUUUAGGUUGGUGAAACUGAUUAUUUGAGGAAGCUUGUGGAAAUCAGUAAGAAAUCAAACCCUCAAGCAGAUUACUUGCCACCAAAGUUUUAUGGUGUUGGAAAGUUUACUUGCCAGAAUAAUAACCACAUUGUGAUAGGGGCUCUGGCACAAGUAGCUCUAUCUUAGAGGAAGGUUUUUGGAAUGCAGAAUUUCUGUCUUGCUUCUCAGCAUUUCAUUCACUUCAUCUUUUCAUAACUGCCCUUUUUGUAAUGUACGUAUUAGUCACCUUGCUGUGAACCUUUUUAUUUUUUUAUUGCAAGUAACACAUUCAGAUUGUUUUUAGCAUGUAGUUGGUAAGAUAGCCUUCCUUUCUUUUAAAUUUACAUGUGGGGCCCAGGUUACAAUAGCACUUUAGUGAUAGUGAAUGUGUUUACCAUUUUAAGCUUACCAACCAAAGUGAAGAAGAAAAAAAAAAGAUGGAGAAUGACUAUUUUCUUCCACCUUCCCUCCAAAAAAGUGUUAGUUGAACUUAUUUCAAUAAUACAUACAGGAAAUUUUAGUGUGUAUUUCUUCUUUCACACAUGUAGAAUAUUUCCAUCCCAUUACCUCCUAAAGAGGCUUAGAAAGUGUUAGUGAUGACAUCUGUUAAGUGCCAUUCCUACAUUGAAUCUAUCUGUGUUAACCUUUAAAUCUGAGCAGCAAAUCUGUGGUCAUUGAACUUGUGUUGGUGUUUAAAAUAUGCUUUGCAAAAUUAUACUAAGGUGGUCAGAAAAAGAAAAUAAAACUGCAGUUAUGUUUUGAAGAAGUUUGCAACAUUAUUUGGCUUAAACUUUAAAACUGCAAUAAUUUGUAUAUUUGUAUUGCUCUACUUUGAAACUAUACAUGUGCUUACCUGCUAUUUUUAAUUUUACAACAAUAAAAUAAAUAUUUUGUUAUCCGUUA